CAGUAACGGUGGACAAAGAACCAGUUUAAUCGUGUAUUGAUUCAAACGCGGCUAGGCGGGUAUUUUUUUCUUCGAUUGUUUUCAAUCUGAAUCUUUUUGAUGGAAUAAACUGUAAGUGCUGAGGGUGUACUCAGAAACUUUUGGAAAGCAAUCCAAUUUUGGAUCUAGUUGAUCAAUUAAUCUAUAAUUUCGUACCAAAACUUGGAGGUAUUUCGUGGAAAGGAAAAUAAACUGAAGUGAGACAGACGAACAAACGGAACUGUGCGCAUGUGUACUAACGAUUGGCAACGAUGCUCCCGUAGUCAGUGUUGUUCGGUUUUCUGUAUUGGAUGUCCGAGAAUUUUAACGGUAGUUAUUCUCAUCGUCCCAAACUUAACCUAACUUUGAAAGACGUUUUGUGGCGGGUAUACAUAGUGGCCACUUUCGAUGUCAUAUUAUUAUUCUUUUGAAUAAUUGCGAAAAGAACAUAGAAUUUUAAUUCUGUGACAUAUAUUUUAAUGAUCUUGUCGCAAAAUUUGAAAUAAUGUCAGCUGUUGAACCCUGUUUGGAAACCACGGAGAUAUCGGAAACAAAUGAAUUAAUGGAAUCUUUUGAGACUGUAGACGAAGACAAGGAUUCAGACGAAGAAAGUUUUCAUUUAUUUUUAGAAGGAGACGAGGAUCAUAAUAAAUCUGAUGAUAAAAUAACAGAUGAUGACACAAAUACUGAUAAUAAUUUUGGAAAGGAGGAGAACAAUCAAGAAUGUUUUCUGGAAGGAGAACUUAAUAAUGAAAGGGUAAAUAUUGAAGAGAAGCAACAGGAUGAUGUUGACGAAUUGACAACUUCUUGUAACACUACUGAUGAAGCUACUCUUUCCCAAAAAGAAAAUACAGAAGAAACGGAAGUUGUAAAUGCCUCCGAUAAUUCAGAAGAAAAGCCUUCUGAAAAUGAAAACCUUGCAUCUGAUUCUAUUACUAGCAAUAAUGAAGAAAGUGCAGCUGUAAUAGAACAUUCUGUUUCAGAAACUAUUGAUGAAAAAUUGGAAGCCGAAGCACCAAUUGAAAAUGAAGAUGAUAUUUUGAAUAAACAUGCUUGUGAAAAUUCUGAAGAAAUAGGUAACAGUGUGGAAGAAUUAGAUCCAAAUAUUGAAGAAAGUUUGUUAAAUGAAUGUGAUGAAACUGAAACUGAUGAUAAUCCAAAAAAAAGUGGUGAAGUUGAAAUCGAAACAAAUUCAAGUGCAAGUGAAGUAAAGCAAACUGAAGUGACUGAAAGUGUGGUAAAUGUGAAACCAGACAAACCGGAGCAAAACCUUCCAGGUGAUAGUGAAUGUAAUGGCAACGAUAGGAUCAAAGAGAUUAAAGAAAACAGUGACAAAAAUGCUGUUUCACUUUCCAACUCGCAAAAGUGUGAUGAAAAUAGUUCGAAUAGUUCAAAUCCUGAUACAGAUGACCUUCUUGACAUCUCUAUGAUCAAAGAUUCAGCUCAAGAUGAUGCAGAUAUCGCAGAAGAUGCUUUUCAGUUGGAACAAGAAAAUGAAGAAUCAAGUUCAAAAGGUGUGGAAAAUAUGGAGAAUAUAGAUGAUUCUUCUAAUUCAGGAAACUCAGAUGAAGAUGGCAAAGCAGAAUCUGAAACAUCUGAAACUUUACAAAACGAUUUAUCUGAUUCUGAAAAAGAGAAGGACACACCAGAAAGUGAUAAGGAGGAAACAGAAACCAAAAUCGAUGAAUGUGUUAAUGGUGACAAUGUUGCAGAAAAUGAAGAUUCCGUAAGUUCACAAAAUUGUGAAAAUACAACAGAGAAGGCAGCUAAAAGACCCCUCUCAAGUUGUGAUUUAGAACCAUCUUCUAAAAGAAUUAGGUUAGUAGAAACCUAUUUAGAUGAUACUGAAAUGGAUUCUUGGGAUAUUACUGAACUCCAAUCCCUCAUUUCUUUCUCUAAAUUUAUGACAAAGUCUCAUUUGAAAAAAUUAACUAGAACUGAUUUGGAAGAAUUUUGUAUUCAAAAACUUUGUGAGGCAAUUUUGCAUAAAAGUGAACUUGGAGAGACAAAUCAUCAACUUAAAAUUCAAGAACAAACUAUAGAGACUCUGAGGAGAGAACAAGCAGUAAUAACUAAACAAAUUAAAGAUUUAGAAAUUGUCAAUAAAAAAUUGAUGCAUGAAAUUUUAGCUUCGAAUGGUCUAAAACCCAUCCUUCCUGUUAAAAUAACCCGGUCAGUGGGAUUACAGGUGAGAUUGCCUGGCCCAAAUGAUACAAAUGCUGUUAAACGUAGAUCAUUGCCUACCCCAAAUAAAGGUCCUGUUCCACAAAAUCAGGCUAAUGCUGCAAAGGUACGAAUAACUCCAAAUGCUAAUCCUAAUCGAGUUGUAACUCAGCCCAGUCCGCAGAAACAGACAACACCAAUUUUGAACACAGCAUUGAGAACUAGAACUCCUUUGAAAUCUAAUAAUAUAGUACAAAGGCCACCUAUUGCACCAAAGCAAGCUCCCCCUGAAAAGAGGCAAAGAACAUCUGGUUCUUUUAUCGACUUGACAGAUGAAGAUGAUAAGAGAACAAACAAAACAAAUCCGAAAUCUAUGGUACCACAAGGAGUUCGAAUAAACACUGUUCCUAAGACAACUAUUUCAAAUAUGCUGCCUACAGUUGUAACAACAUCUACUACUCCACAGCUUAUGUAUGUAGUACAGCCCAACUCCCAAUUAAAACAAGGAGUUUUAACAACUUCGGCUGGCCAGAAAGCUGUUCUUCUGAAUUUCCAGCCAUCUAAUGGGGUAAUUAAUACUUUAAAUAAUUCAUCUGUAUCUGUAAUACCUAAAAUAUCUGCUACCCCAUUGAAACCUAAACCUACUGUUCAGAAUAGUUCUCUAUUGAAAGCUAACAAACAUCCAGCUCCCUUACCUUGUCCUCCAGCUGUUCAAGGUCCUAAUGAUAAAUCCCUUAAAGCAAUACCACCUAGACCUGUACUUUCUAUUCGAAAAACAACCACUGGUAUUAUUUUACAAUGGAGGAUGCCUUAUGACCUUAGACCAUACGAACCUAUUGCAAGUUAUCAACUUUUUGCCUACCAAGAAACUUGUGCUGUUCCAAAUACAGAAAUGUGGAAGAAGGUUGGUGAUGUUAAGGCUAUGGCCCUACCAAUGGCUUGUACAUUGACUCAGUUUGUUGACAAAAAUAAGUAUUACUUUGCUGUGAGACCAGUGGAUAUUCACAAAAGGAUAGGAAAAUUUAGUCAUCCUGUAUUAUCAGAAUGAGCAUCCUAUUCGUUUAAUUAUUGAUAAUUUUAUGUAGUAUUAGGUUUCUAUCGAUUAAUUUAUAAAUUGAAUGCAAUGUAAAAAUCUUACCAAAUGAAAUUAGGAAAAUUGUAUAAUAUUUAUCUCAUAAAUCGUAUCAAUGCUGUCAGAUUUGAUAAUUUGUGUCAACUUUCUAAGUGAUACCUAAUUAUAUUGCAUUUUUUAUGUGAAAUGAUUUUUUCACAAAAAAAUAAAAUCUCUUUCAUAAGUUCAUUGCUGCUGAACUGGUAAGAAAGGUCUUCUUUGUUUUGAAUUAAAAUUUCUGUUCUAAAUAAAGCUUGUACAUACGUU